AUGCCCGGUAUCCUCUUCGUAUACUCAGAGCCCGGCCCCGCCGUGUCCGAGGACGAGUACAACGACUGGUGCGAUAACGAACACGUACCUCUGCGCAUUCCCAUCCCGGGAUUCGAGUCCUGGUCGCGCUGGGUCGCUGCCGACGGUGAGCGUCCGACAUACGGCGCGCUCUACGACCUCUCUUCUACCUCGGUCAUCUCCGAUCCCCCUUACGCCAGUCUGGCGACCACGCGCUCCGAACGCGAGAAAGCUCUCAUCACGCGUCUCGCGCUCCUCGACCGCCGCACGUACACGCUCCGCGAGCCCGUCUUCCCGCCCGCAGCUGGCGCCGCGUACGAUCCGCUCAAGCCUGGGCCGUUUAUGAGCGUGCUCGAGCUUGAAGUGAAGCCGGGGGCGGAGGACGACUUCAACAAGUGGUACGACGAGGAGCACAUACCGAUGCUCACAAAGGUGCCCGGGUGGGUACGCAGCCGGCGCCUCGAGCUCGAGUUCGCAGGCGCGACGGGGCCGGACGCGAAGGAGGGGCGGCCGCCGAAGCACCUGUCGAUACACGAGUGGGAGACCCCGGCGGCGUUUGAUACGGUGGAGCUCAAGGCGGCCACGUCGACGCCGUGGAGGCAGAAGCUGCGGGAGACGGCGAUUGUGGAGGCUCGGAUGAGGGUCCUGAAGUUCGUACGGAGUUGGGCUCGCGAGUGA